UAUUUUUGGCGCAAAUUAAAARAAAUCRCAAAGCUUUGCAGAAACUUCAUUGUACCAGCUUAGUUUAUCGCAAUAAUGGCCGCAGUAGCAGAUCCAAGGCAAAGACAGCUUAAAAUCAAGACAGGCGUUGUCAAAAGAUUAGGAAAAGAAAAGACUAUGUAUGAAAAAGAAGUUGUCGAUCAAUCCAAAAAAGUUGAGAAAAUGAAGGAAGAAAACAAAGACGAACACGACAUCAAAAAGCAGAUUGAAGUGUUGGAAGAGUCUAAAACUAUGAUUCCAGAUUGCAAACGGAGGCUGAAAACUGCUUAUGAAGAUUUGAAAAAUUUAAUUGAUGAAACAAGAACAGAUCUUGCAGAAACAGAAGAAUUUAAGCAAGCAAACCAAAUGCUYGAAGAAACUGUUCUUGAAGAUUAACUCAAGUAAUGUAAAAUAAUAACACAAAGUGCGUCCAUAUGUUGUCAGAUAAAUUAUUGAUAUGACAGUGAACACACUUGUAAUUUACCUCAGUUUAGGUUGAAAUUAUUUCCAGUCUUGUAGAAUGUCAAUCAAUUCCAUUUUCGUUUGUCCAUACAAUCAAUGCUAUGGUGCUGUCUAGCCUCCUUUGCAGGCUAAGCUAAGGAAAUGGACUUUUUCUCUGGUACCUUUCCUUCUCUCCUUACACCUCCCCCCUCUGUCCCCUCCUGCCUUUACACAGGAAUCCCACAAAAUAGAGUUGACUGCRAAGGAGGCUAGGUGCUGUCUAAUCUUAUGUUUGUGGAUUAUUGCCAUAAGGUGUGUACUAGAGAAGUAUAAUUAUAUAAAACAUAAAGAAURAAAAAAAUUGAACAGUUCGUUUAAAUAAACAUCAUAAAUUUUA